CACUAGACACAACAAAAACAACAGCUGAAGUUUUCACUCCGUCCCCUGGGAUGCUCGGUGAUGUGCUGGGUGCAGGAGGAGGGGUGUGGGAGCAGAUUCAGGCUCAUCUUACCCUACGGAGCACACACUCUCGCCCCACCUGCAGCACAGACACACGCGCGCAGGCAGAGACAGGCCGGCGCCUCGGCAGGCUCGCGCUGAGAUGAUGUGAGGGGUCUUCUCGGAGCUCGGACUAAACGAUGAUCAUCGCAUGGAGCGCGCUGUGGCUGUUUUGUUGGCUUAAAGCAGCGGAGGCCGGGUGCUCCCCGACCAGCUACUACAGGAACUGCUGGAUCCGCCGCUUCCCCGGACUCUACAUCUCUGUGGAGGAGUCUGAGCGCCGAGGAGCCGCUCUGCUGCAGCUCUACCAGGAGGAGAGCGCGCUCAAAUGCAGCCGCGCCUGCUGCCUCUCCACCAACUUCUCCUGUAACCUGGCUGUCUUUCAUUACAACACCACUCAGGACAGUGCCAACUGCUUUCACCUUCACUGCCCAACACUGGAAAGCUGCAUACUCCGCCACAGAGGCAAUGUCAUCCUCUACAAUGUUACUAAAGGGGUGGAUCCUGACCUACUUGUAUUUGGGAACCAUUUUAAUCCCGAAUUCCAAAUACUUCCAAACCAAGCCAGACUCAACAACUCGGAACCUUUUUCUUCUGACAAGCGUCAGUUCAACCGACCACACAUGGCACCUAGUAGCUCUACCCAGCCUCCCACACCUGCCACUACCACAUCUACACCGUCCACUUCACUUACAACUGAUGUGCCUGAAUCUACUUCUCCUCUCUUGCUUCAGUCUACACAGGACACGCCUCUGGCCUCUUCUGUACAGGGAUCCACCCUAAAGACCCCAAUUCAACUCCGUUCUACUCAUGUACCCACCACCUCCAUUUCUACCAGACGGACAACUACAACACCACAGAGUUUCAUUCAACAGUUCUCAUCAAGACCGCUCCAGCCUACUUUCACAGCCACUACAACUACAGAGUCAUCAUUCUCCAGUCAGCCCACUUCAGACUUAACAUACCAAUCUACUGCCCAACCUACUGUUCCAGCAGUUACACUGACACCCACAACAGCACCUUUAACCAGUGAAACGAGACUGAAACCCACAAUGUCUUUGUUGACUAAUCAAAGAACGUGGGCAUCCACAACAACAUCUGUAACCACACAGGCAUCUACAACAGCCUUAACAACCAAUGAAGGCACGUCGGGAGCAGCAUCUACAACCAGUGAAACCAAACAGGCAUCCACAAUAGCAAUGACAAUCACUGAAGCCACCCAGGCAUCCACAACAGAAUCUCCCACCACUGAAGCCACAUCGACAUCCACAAUGGAGUCUACCACCACUGAAGCCACAAAGGCAUUCACAACUGCAUCUCCACCCAAUAAAGCCACACUGGUGUCCACAACAGAGUCUACCACCAAUGAAGCCACACAGACAUCCACAACAGCAUAUGACACCAGUGAAGCCUCACAGGCAUCCACAAUAGAGUCUACAACCAAUGAAGCCACACUGUUGUCCACAACAGAGUAUACCACCAAUGAAGCCACACGGACAUCCACAACAGCAUCCCCCACCAUUGAAGCCUCUCAGUCAAUCACACCACCAUCUACCACCAGACCUAAUGCACCCAUUAGUACUCAACAGAGUACUACAGAAGAGACCUCAGCCCACAGUACCCUUGUUAGAAUCUUACAAAGCUCUACAAAACCAACCACAGCACCAACUCUUCUUACAACAGUCAAAACUACAACUCAGGACCAUGUAACUACAACUACACAACCACCAAUAGUAAUGACUACAAGCCAGACAACCAAAACUCAGCCCUACUCUCAACUGAUAAACCCACUUUCUCCAAAAUCGCCACUUACAGAGGAAAGCAGUACUCAGUCUCCAACAGCAAAUGGCCCAUCACCAGUCUACACCACAAACAAUGCGGCUACCGCUGAAGAUUCCACAAGAUCAACCAGACUGCACUCACAGGCAGCAGUUUCAGUGACAAGCAACGGUUCGGUCUCCACCUCCCCAACUCCCCCUACCAGCAUGGAGGACAGCCAGCCAUACCCAAACGACACGAAAGGCUACAUCAGCCGGAACAUUACAACAGGUGACAGCCCGAGGCCUGGAGCCGACGACGGCUUGACGCCAGUGUGGCACCUGGCAGCCAACACUGUCUUGGUAGCCUUGGCCACUUGUGCAACCAUAGCGUUCGGUUGUUGUUGUUCAGUGCUCAUGGCUGUAAGUUGGAGAGGUAGGAGAAGGAGAAAGGGGAGAUACCGGACUACUUUAAACGGGAAGAGAGGCUCGAUGCGACUCAUCAAAUACGUCAUUGUGAGGGAGAGCUUGUGAGACAGGUUCUCGAAUUGCAAAGUGUUCUAUAGAAGCUGCUAAUAAAUGUCAAUUUUAUCACUACGCCAUCACAGAUACUUAAAAGUAGGAUGAAGACUUUUGAAGAUUCCAUUAACUUUGCAUUUGCCGCAUUUUCCAAUUCUCCAAUCCUCCAUUUGUUAAACUGAGAACCUAGCUGUGUGAACCCAAGCGCACUAUUCCAAAGCUCUAUAUAAAAACUGUUAUGGACAAUAUUGUGUAAAGCAGCCUAACAGUGACCAGACUCAGAGGAUAAAACUUUAUUUCCCUCUUAUUGGCAUUGCCAGUAUACUGUAAUGUUUAAAAAUCAAGUCACAUCAUACACUUCUAUUCAACCAACUUACAAACCUACAGAAGUUCAGUAUUGAAGAAUAUGUCAUUAACCAUAGGUCCAUACUGAUGAAUGUUAACACUACUGACUACGCCAUUGUAGAACAUGUGACCUCUGGACCAUGAUGAAUGUAAUGAAUUUCACUUAUGAGUAAGAGUAAAGUAUUCUUUUUAGAAUACCCUCAACAUGUAAUGCAAUUUAAAAUCUAAUAUAUUCAUUAAACCCUGUGUUUCCCAA